AUGGGCCAGACUGCGGUGCUGCCUCCGAGGAGAAAGGACACGUAUGCCCUGGAACUUCACAUAUGGUGCAGGAAAUUCAUUGAGGAGUGUCCCAGUGGGCUGAUCACCCUGCACGAGUUCCGGAGACACUUCUGCGAUGGGACCGUGGGCCCAGGAUCGUCGGAGUACGCUGAGCAGAUCUUCCGGACUUUGGACGAUAACAGGGAUGAUCUGGUGGAUUAUAGCGAGUAUGUAACAGCCGUCAGCUUGCUGAUACAGGGCACGGCGGAGGAGAAGUUGAGGUGGUCCUUUAAACUCUACGAUAAGGAUAAGGACGGAGCCAUCAGCCGGGCAGAGAUGCUGGAGAUUAUGCAGGCCAUCUACAAAAUGAGCCUGGCAGCGUCGCUGACGAAUGUUGACCUGCAGACGGCUGAAGAAUGCACCGAGCGCCUGUUCACACGUCUAGACAAGGAUAGAGACGCUGUGAUCAGCCAGCGGGAGUUUGUGGAUGGAGCGCUGGAAGACGCCUGGGUGCGUGCGAUGCUCGAGUGUGACCCAAGCACCGUGGAGGUGCCAACGUCAGCCCGGCCACGGCAACAACCGAACCCCAGCCCCACCCGGCAACAACAAGACCCCAGCCCCACCCGGCAACAAGCGAACCCCAGCCCCACCCGGCAACAACAAGACCCCAGCCCAACCCGGCAACAGCCGAACCCCAGCCCAACCCGGCAACAACAAGACCCCAGCCCAACCCGGCAACAAUCGAACCCCAGCCCAACCCGGCAACAACUGAACCCCAGCCCAGACACGGAGCCAGCGGCAGUGACGGACACUCCGGGUUCCUGCUGAGGACCCUCCACCCACUCCAUCGCUGGUCCUCCCCACCGCCAGUGAGACCGCAGAAGCACGAGGACUUUCAUCCAAAAAUAAAAUCUGUUCAGAAAAAAAA